AUGGUAAAGAUCCUCAUCGCUGACUCCCUCUCUCCAAAGGCCGUCGAAAUGCUCAAGGCUGCAGGCCAUGAAGUUCGCAUGGAUCCAUCAAUCACACAAGCUUCCCUUGCCAACGAAAUUUCCGACUACAACGUCCUUAUUGUUCGUUCAAAGGUUGUCAAUGCUGCUGCUAUCGAAGCUGCUAAGGGCCUCAACCUCAUCAUCCGUGCUGGCGCUGGUGUCAACACAAUUGAUGUCAAUGCUGCCUCCGCUAAGGGUGUUCUUGUCUGCAACACACCAGGCAUGAACAACGAUGCUGUCGCUGAACUCGCUUUCGGCCACAUCGUCUGCUGCGACCGCUGCAUCACAACAAACACAGCUCAUCUCCGCAAUGGCGAAUGGCGCAAGAAACUCUUCCUUACAUGCGAAGGCCUUCGUGACCGCACACUCGGUAUCGUCGGCCGUGGCAACAUCGCCAAGUCCAUGAUCCGCAUUGCUAAGGGCUUCAUGAUGAACGUUGUUGUCUGGUCCCGCCGCUUCACACCAGAAGAAGCUAAGGAACUCGGUGUUGAAUACGCUGCCUCCCUUACAGAACUCGCCGCCAAGUCCGAUGUUGUUUCCGUCCAUGUUGCUUUCAACAAGACAGAGACAUUCCACCUCAUCGGCAAGGAAUUCUUCGAUGCUAUGAAGAAGAAGGCCAUCUUCAUCAACACAUCCCGUGGUGAAGUUGUUGAUACACAGGCUAUGCUCGCCGCCAUCAAGGAGAGGGGCCUCAAGGUUGGUGUCGAUGUCUUCGAAGGCGAACCAGCUGGCUCAAUGGGUGACUUCCCACACAAGGAAGUUGCUGAGGCUGUUGUCUCCGCUACAUGCCACAUCGGUGCUUCCACAGAACAGGCUGCUGACAGAAUUGCCAACGAGACAGUCCGUGUCUGCAACACAUUCUGCUCAACAGGCGAAGCCCUCAACUGCGUCAACAUCAACGCAGCUCCAAAGGCUGACGGCGUCAUGACAGUCCGCCACACAGGCGUCUUCGCUAAGAUCAUCGCUUGCUGCGAGGCUCACCAGGCUCAGAUCUUCUCUGUCUCCAACACAGUCCUUAAGGGUGACAAGUCCCAGAUCUGCACACUCAGAAUGUCCGCUCCAGCUUGCUUCAUGGAGGAGGUCAACAAGAUCGAGGGUGUCAUCGGCACAGCUUGCGCUCCAUUAGCAUAA